GAAGCGCACGGCUUGUUUCCUGACCGCCACAUACAACGAGCGCUAGCCACAACACGCUCCGCCUGCUCCGCCACCAGUGCAGCAGCGGUCUCCCGUGCGCCUCUGCCCGUCGGAAGGAUCCGGCACGAUUCGUUCCUGCGCCAUAACUGCCGGCCCGCCAUUGGUUAAGCUCCGAGUCAUCGUGGGAUGAGUCUUCGGUGGCUGGCCACUAUAAAACCCCACAGAAACCAGCGCUGGUCGUACCCGACACAUCUCUCGCGCGGAAGAGUGCCCAGCAGGAACAAGUCGUCCUUCAGUAUCUACCCAUCGCCUCCCACCAUGUCUCGCAACAUCCAGACCCCCUACGUUACCCCGCACAUCCUCCACAAGAACUACGCGCAGGCGUAUGAUUCGGAGCAGUUCAACAACUUUGUCGGGAGCACCCUGGAGUACUUCUCUCAGGCGGGCUUCGACAUGGAUCGGAUACAGAUCAAGCGCAAUGCCCCGGUAGCCCAGCUCUACGAGGACGCGAUCCGGAACGAGGGCGCCAUCAUGGCCUCCUCUGGCGCGCUGAUCAACUUUUCCGGCAAGAAGACUGGUCGCAGCCCGAAGGACAAGCGCAUUGUCUACGAGGAGACCAGCAAGGACGACAUCUGGUGGGGAUCGGUCAACAUCAAGAUGGACGAGCAUACGUUCGAGAUCAAUCGCGAGCGCGCUAUUGACUACCUGAACACCCGUGACAACGUCUAUGUCUUCGAUGGCUAUGCUGGCUGGGACCCCAAAUACCGCAUCAAGGUCCGGGUCAUCUGCGCGCGCGCGUAUCACGCGCUCUUCAUGAACAACAUGCUCAUCCGGCCAACGCCAGAACAACUGGCUGACUUUGGCGAGCCGGACUUCAUUAUCUAUAACGCGGGCCAGUUUCCGGCGAACCGCUUCACGAAGGGCAUGUCGUCGACAACGUCCGUGGAGAUCAACUUCAAGCGCAUGGAGAUGGUCAUCCUCGGCACGGAAUACGCUGGCGAGAUGAAGAAGGGUGUCUUCUCCGUCAUGCACUACUUGCAGCCGGUCAAGUUCGGACAGCUCUCUCUGCACUCCUCCGCCAACGUCGGCAACGAGAAGGGCGAUGUCACGCUUUUCUUCGGCCUGUCGGGCACCGGCAAGACCACGCUCUCCGCCGAUCCCAACCGCGCGCUCAUCGGCGAUGACGAGCACGUUUGGUCCGACACCGGCGUCUUCAACAUCGAGGGCGGCUGCUACGCGAAGACGAUCAACCUCUCCGCCGAGAAGGAGCCCGAGAUCUUCAACGCGAUCCGCUUCGGCGCGAUCCUCGAGAACGUCGUGUACAACCCCCUCACGCGCGAGCCGGACUACGACGACGUGAGCAUCACGGAGAACACGCGCUGCGCGUACCCGAUCGACUUCAUCCCGAACGCGCGCAUCCCGUCCGUCGUCGACCGCCAGCCGAGCAACAUCAUCAUGUUGACCUGCGAUGCCUUCGGUGUGCUCCCGCCCGUGAGCAAGCUUACGCCGGAGCAGGCCAGCUACCACUUCCUCGCCGGUUACACGUCGAAGACGCCCGGGACGGAGGAUGGUGUGCUCGAGCCCAUCCCCACCUUCUCGACGUGCUACUCUGCGCCCUUCAUCGUCCUCCAUCCCGGUCGCUACGCCGAGAUGCUCGCGGAGCGCAUGGCGAAGCACAACGUCGACUGCUGGCUCAUCAACACCGGCUGGACCGGCGGCAAGUUCGGCACGGGCAAGCGCUGCCCGCUCAAGUACACGCGCGCCAUCGUCGACGCCGUGCACUCCGGCGAGCUCGCGAAGGCCGAGUACGAGACCUUCGGCACGUUCAACCUGCAGAUCCCCACCGCCAUCGAGGGCAUCCCACGCGAGCUCCUCAACCCGGAGCUCGCGUGGCCGGACAAGGCGAGCUUCACGAAGGAGGUGCGCAAGCUGGCGGGCAUGUUCCAGAAGGCGUUCGCGCUGUACGAGAAGGACGUGGAGCCGAAGGUGAGGGCGGCGGGCCCGCAGUUGUGAGGUGGGAGCGAUCGAGAGAGAGGCACGGGGAUGAUGGAGGAGAGAGGGUGGAUCGUGGAUUUACGGACAUGCAAUGAUAAUUAUGUUGUACCAUAUCGUCGUAAAGCUGUCGUCGAAUGCUUUGUAUACCUGA